GGGAGAACUGCUGAAGAGUGGAUGUUAAAACUAACGGACGUUUAUUUUCUUUUUUUAAUUCCUUUUUGAACAUUUGUGUUUAUAAAAGAUAGAGAAAUGAUCGGAAGUGAUUAUACUUUAGAACUGUGCAAUGUGUUUCAUUCUGGACAGGUGGAGCCUGGGAACUUCUUCCAGAGACUAACAGGUGGUGUGAAGACUGGCAUCAUUCUUAAAGACGUCUCUAUGCUUACUCAUAGCGGCGAAGUUACGGCUAUACUUGGCUCUAAAGGAAGCGGUAAACGCGCUCUUCUUGAUGUGAUCGCUCGCCGCGUGCCGUGCAAGGGACAUAUUCUUCUAGAAGGAGUGCCUUUAGAAGAAGAUCAGUUCAGGAACACGUGUGCUCUCGUCAGACACUCCACGAAACUCUUACCAGGGCUGAGUGUGCAACAGACACUGUCACUGUCACUUACUAAGAUCUCGGGUUAUUUAAAAUCAUCUAAAGUGAAGCAAGUUAUGGCAGAUUUGGCACUGUCUCAGGUGGCCCACAAAUGUGUUACGAACUUAACGAAAAGCGAAUAUCGUAGAUUAGUUAUCGGAGUACAACUGAUACGUGAUCCAAUAAUACUGUUGCUUGACGAACCGACAUGGGAUUUGGAUCCGUUAAACACUUAUUUGGUUAUCUCCAUAUUAUCAAACGCGGCUAAAAAAUAUGGAACAACAAUUAUACUGACCAUGGAGAAACCAAGAUCGGAUGUGUUCCCAUUCCUGGACCGAGUGGUAUAUCUAUGCUUGGGCGACGUGGUCUACGCAGGUCCCACUAGAAACCUGCUCGAUUACUUCGGCAGCAUUGGCUUCCCCUGUCCACAGCUAGAGAAUCCACUUAUGUAUUACUUAUGCCUAUCAACGGUGGAUAGGAGAUCACGAGAGCGGUUUAUCGAGUCCAACCACCAGAUAGCAGCACUGGUAGAGAAGUUCAGACUGGAAGGGCAGGGCAUUAUGCAGUCGGCCGCCACCGAGCACAGUCGCAUCGUCAACACCAACAAAAUGCAGAUGAAUUACGGCAAGCUCAGUGGCAUUAGAGUCAUAUGGAUGUUGUAUUUGAGAAUCCUCGCUUCUAUUUUUAAUUUCAAGAAAAAUGGUUUGAAGCAGAUGACAAUGCGACUUUUCUCGCUGCCGAUAUACUUCUUUAUAUUAUGGAUAUUCUACAACGAGGCUCAGGAUUUCCAAAGGGCAUUUAUAACUAAAAGUGGACUUAUUUUCAAUGCAAUGGUGGGCACUUACUUCAUUAGCAUCAUGAACACAAUCUGCCUUUAUGAUCCAUACAGAACUCGAUAUUACCAGGAAUCACAAGAGGGCCUGUACAGUGGGGCCAGUCUUCUUUUAUCAUGGAAUCUGGUCUCUCUGCCGUUCUCAUUGAUUACCACCUUCGCUUCAGCUGCUAUAAUUUAUCCGAUCUUGGGUGAUAUAUCAGAGAGUAUGGACUACCUGUACUUCUGUCUUGCGCUGUGGUCUUGCUAUAUCUACGCGGAGCAGCAGGCCAUCGCCGUCAUGAUGUUUGUCAAGAAUGGCCUCAUCGCCGCCAUCUUUAAUAUUUACAUCACCUGCAUCUACAUCAUGCUCGCUAGUGGAGUGCUCAGGUCUUACAAAGGUUUCGAAGAGUGGCUGUACUACUUGACUUACAUAACGCACACUCGUUACGCAUCUCUUUUCAUGCACAGAAGUAUAUUCAAGCAGCCGAACUUCAACAUCCUACCUUACAGCUUCAGCGAGAAUUGCACAGCGAUCACCAACUUGAUUCAGACGUCUUCAAAUCUGAACAGCAAUUCCAAUUCCAAUUGUAGAUAUGCUAAUGGCAAAGCAUUUCUUACAGAACGUUUUACAUCUAAACAUUUUACUGGUGAUAUUUAUCAAACUGGUGAAUUUAAUCCCGAAUUCAAUAUAGGAGUAUCUUUCGCUUUCUCCGUUGGUAUAAUGAUAUUUAACAAGUUUUUAUAUUUAAUACCAUUACCAAGUUAUAUAACUGAUAAGUUUAGGGAAUAGACUUAAGUUUAUUAUUAAGACUGAGAUUUUAAUGAUGAGAUAUUUUUUAUGAAA